AUGGAGUCCCCUCGCAGUCAGGCGGGGCUGGGAAUAAAGGCGUCUGAGGCCAACAAGAACACAAACUGGCUGGACUCGCCGGCUGCGUGGGUAUACUACGUCGCCCUCCUCCUCCUGUCCUGGCUCUUGGUCUCCAGCUUCACCGACCCUGGCAUCGCAUGGACGUACGUCCACAUCGCGCACGGCGUCCUCACCUACAUCAUAUUCCACUGGGUGAAGGGAUCCCCCAUCGCGAACGACCAGGGCGUGUAUGACAGCCAAACCUUCUGGGAGCAGAUCGACGACGGGCAGCAGUUCACACCGGCCCGGAAGUUUCUGACGGCGGUGCCCGUGGUCCUCUUCCUCCUGGCCUCCAAUGGCACAGACUACAGACGGCAACCCCUCGGCGUCAACCUCAUCGUCGUGAUCGUGCUGGUGAUCGCCAAGCUGGCCAGCAUGCACCGCGUGCGCAUCCUCGGCAUAAACAAGUACUGA